AUGUCUACUACAACUGAAAGUUCAUCAUUUAUUUCCAAUACACUAAAACGACGUCAACAGAAACGACAGGAAGCAAGUAAAGUAUUGCAAGAGGGUAUUAGUUCGCUUCAUCUUUCAUCAAUACCCAAUGAACAGCAAGCGACCCAUGAAGGAGGCAUCUAUCCGCUUUUCAAUAUCGAUCCCGAAUCAUAUUUAUUAGAAGAAGGCGAUGAACGGUCGAUGCUUGAACCGAAUUCAUAUAAUAAUCCUAAUUUUAAACAAACAAUCAACGUUUUAUUUAAUUGGCUCAAUACGAGUUUAAGUAAAAAUUCAAUUAUCAUUCGAUCAUUUGAGAAUGAUCUCUAUGAUGGCUAUAUACUCGCAAAACUUAUUGAAUAUUACCAACCUCACGUUCGAUUACUUCUUGAUGAUAUACCACUAUCCGAGGAAUCAAAAAAGAAAACACUUGAACGUGUUCUUAAUUAUCUCGAAACACGCUUUAGUCAACAAAAUCUGCCAGUUCAAUGGACAUUCGAACAAGUUUAUAAUCGGGAUUUGAUUUGUAUUUUACAUCUUCUUUUAGCAUGCAUGCAACUUUUUAAUGUUAACGCACGUUAUGAUUUACCGAAAAAUUUACUUCUGAAAGUCAUCGUUGUUAAAAAAAUCAACGGCAUAUUACAAACAAGAAUUGUUAACGAAUGUUUUAUUGAUGAUUAUGAAAGAGAAUUAGCAUCAGAAAUGUCUAGAAAACAAGGCGAUCUUAUCGAUACGUUAUUCGAUUUAGCGCCUGACAGAUUAGCAGGCGUGGAAAAAAUAUUACUAAAUUUUAUCAAUAAUCAAUUGAACCGCUACAAUAUACAUGUGAAACAAAUUGAUAUAGAAUAUUUUCAAGAUGGAUUAAACUUACUUUAUUUAAUAUCUAAUCUUGAAAAUUAUUUUAUUAUACUCAAUAAAUAUUAUCAUAAGAAGCCGUUAACACGGGAACAAUCGCAUGCUAAUAUUCAAUUGGCUUUUCAACUUAUGAAUCAAGCUGGCAUUGAAAUUGAUCAAUAUUGUCGAAUCAAUGAUCUUAUUUCAGGAAAUCAAAGAACUUUAUAUCGGCUGCUUUUUCAACUUUAUCUCAGAUAUAAUAAAGAUUCAAAUAAUUUAUUGAAGUCAAUUUCGUCUCUGGCAUCUGUUCGUAUGGAUGCUGACAGUCCGUUUCUAUGA